AAAGGCGCACAGAUCUAUACACCGGCCAGGGAUGAAGGGCAGAAAAGUAGCAGAGGGAGGGAGAAGUGGUCGAGGGACUGCUGUUGGAGAUGAACCCCCAGCAGAGUCUGACGGUCCCCCUCAUCCCCUCUCAGCCUUGUUUCGUCUCUAUGUUUACGCUCUGCACGGCUGCCUUUGCGAGGUGGCCUUCACCGCCGUGUAUGACUGGUGCAGCACCCGGGACCAGAGGCUGCCAGGCCACAGCAGCAUCUGGGCGUUGCCCAUGUACGGCUCUGCCAUCUUCUGCAUGGAGGCCCUGAGGGCCUGGCUGCUGGCCCAGAGCCGCUCGCUCCCUGUGAGGCUGGCAGUUUACACUUUAUUCAUUUACAUGUGGGAGUUCAGCUGGGGCGUGGGGCUGAGCCUGCUGGGGGCCUGUCCGUGGGAUUACUCAGCCCAUCGCUACAAUCUGGGAGGACUGGUGACUCUGGAUUAUGCCCCAGCCUGGGCUGUAGCUGGACUUAUAGCGGAGCAGCAUGUAAUCAAGAAUACACUAAGGAUAAGAUUGAAAAACAACUGAUUUCAUGGUUACCUUAAAUUAUGUCCUUCCAAAAUCACCCACAUGACAUUUAAUGUCAUUUUUAGCUGGAACAACACAAUGUUGGUGUAUUUUUAACACUGUCAUAAUUAAAAAAUUGAAGAUUUUUUUAAAUCUCCAAUCAAGUGCUAGGUAAGAAUAGCAUUGGAAAAAUGAUUACUUUCAUGAUUAUCUUAAACAACAUCCUUCCAAAAUCACCCUCAUAACAUUUCAUGUCAUUUUUUUUGCAGAAACGACACAAUGCUAUUGUAUUUUUAACGUUUAAUGAUUAAAACGGUUGAGAUUUUUAAUCUCCAAUUAACACUGCACUAAAGAUAACAUUGAAAAACGACUGAUUUCAUGAUUAUCUUAAAUUAUGUCUUUCCAAAAUCACCAACAUGACAUUUAAUGUCAUUUUCAGCUGGAAUAGCACAGUAUUACUGUGUUUUUAAUGGUUUCAAAAUAAAAAAUUUGAAGACUUUUAAUCUCUAAUCAAGAAUACGCUAAAGAUAAGAUUGAAAAACAACUGAUUUCAUAAUAAUCUUAAACUAUGUCCUUCUAAAAUCACCCAACUUUUAAUAGAUUUCAAGCAAUCUCAGUUCCUGGUUGUGAACUUAAGUAUAGAGUUAAUUAUGCAUUUAACCUAAAAUUACAUGUAUUCUGCUAUGUUGUCUUCCAUGUUGCUGUUUUAUUUUGUUUUUAUUUCAUUUCUAAACUAAAGUAAACUAAACUAAACCCACACAACAUUUGUUGUCAUUUUUUGCAGGAACACAAUGUUAUUAUAUUUUUAACAGUUUCAUAAUUAAAAAUUUCUGUAUUUUUCCUGCUUCUGUCUGCCUUAUCUGGUCCAACUGGAGUAAAAGACACUGUGGGAAGUUUGGAUUUUGUCCAGGGCGGGAAUGUGUUUCAGCAGGCCUCUUGGAGGAAAAAGGCAACAUUUACGUGCUUAUUAAUUUUCAAUAUCUUCUUAAGAAAAUCGGGGUAGUUUGCACAAUUUUUGGGAAAUGAGAACCUGGCAACUAUCUUACAGCAGGGUUUUGUUCCUGGUGUUGUGUUUUUGGAUCUUUCCCAUUCAUUAAUCAGCCAAGUACGUUUCAGCCAAGUACGAUGAAGGUGGUUUUCAACACACUUCCAUUAGGUACCAAGAAAACAAGACCAGGCGAGAAAAAUGAUCUCAUGUCAUUUUAUUCCUGUUAGCCUAAAAACAGUUUCAGAAUCAAGUUCUUCUUUCAUUAUGCUUAACUUCACUAAAUAAUAAAACUAAAUGAAAUUGGCAUUAUUUAUUACCAUUAUACAAAGCGCAUUGAACAAGUUAUUGUUUUUCUUAGUAAACAUACUUCUAAUAGGAUGUUUGUUCAAAAUUCACCCCAGAUGUCAUUAACAACACAAAUCCACGGAUUAAUUUAAGAAUAAUUAAGUGAGAUAAUACAUAGAAAAUGUGUUGGACAACAUAGAAAGUCA